AUGUUAAAUUUAGUAUUAAGUUUUGGUAAUCAUGCUAUAAUCAACAGUAAUGCAAUCCUUGUCAUUCUCUAUACAGAACAAAGAGUAAAUUCAUGUUGUCAUAAUAUUUAUACGUGUGCUGAAAAUAUCGAUAAAUCUGAAAGAAAUGGUCAAGAGUUGCUACUUUGCCGUAAGUGUGGGGCUGAUGUGGCUGAUUCAUAUUACCUGUUCAAUAAACAGAGUCCAGGUGCUCGACUUACGGAAAAACAAAAUAUGUUUGGUAAACAUAAUGUAACUAUACAAUCCUUAGUUAAUCCCUUUGGAAUAAAAUUUGAAAUUAUUACAAUUGAAAAAGCAAAAUGUGAUAACAUUGGAAAUCCUCAAGGAGCAGAUUCCUGGUUUCCAGGAUAUGCCUGGCGCAUAUGUGCCUGCCCACAUUGUGGGCAACAACUGGGUUGGACAUUUGAAAGUACUAAAAAUGGAAAUGACUCUAAAACAAACACCUUUCAUGGACUGAUUUUGAGCAACAUUUUAGGAGAAAAUUUUACGGACUCUCUUAUAAUGAUGCCAAAAGUUUUUAAGAUGUAA